AUGGAUAGGUUCAUCACCUGGCCCGACAUGGAGGAAGUGAACAGGGUGAAACUCGACUUUUACAACGCCAACCAUCAUCGAUUCCCUUGCAUUACGGGACUGAUUGACGGCACGCAAGUAGAGGUCAACACUCCACAUCGACCCUACAAUGAGGCUGCAUACGUCAACAGAAAGGGAUACCACGCGAUCAAUGCUCAGGUUGUAUGCGAUAGGAAGAUGAAGAUCUUCAACUUGGAUGCACGUUGGCCGGGCACCACCCACGACUCCUUCAUGCUCCGAAACUCCCACGUAUGGGACAGAUUUGAGGAAGGCCGUAUGGAAAACAGCUGGCUUCUGGGGGAUGCUGGUUAUCCCCUUCGGAAGUGGCUUCUUAAUCCAUUCAACAAUCCUAACAACGAGGCCCAGGAGAGAGUCCGACUAGACGAAGAAUACGCUAAAGGGAUGUUCGAUAACCAGCCCAAUAUUCAGGCGGAGAAUGACAUUUGGGAGCAGAAUGUGGCUGGGGUCAGAGCAAGAGAGGAGCUUGUACAGAGGGUUUUCACUAGGAAUGCCUAG